AUGAAGGGCUUACGACUAAACCGAAGCAAGUGUAAUUUCCUUAGUACUACAUUGUCAUUUUUCGGACAGGUCUUUUCGAAAGAAGGUACUCAUCCUGAUCCUAGGAGAGUAGCUGAUCUAUUAAAUGCACCUCAGCCAAAUAAUGCACAUGAAGUCAGGAGCUUUCUUGGCAUGGCCAACUAUAGUAGUAAGUACAUUCGAGAUUUUGCAACACUAACUGCUCCCCUUCGUGACCUGACGAAAAAGGAUGUUCGUUUUGAGUGGACUCAAACAAACCAAACUGCUUUUGAAAAACUGAAAAACACGCUUGCAAUUGCUCCAUGUAUGUCUUAUUUCGACAAAAAUAAACAAACUUUUGUGACAGUUGAUGCUAGUCCUGUAGGAAUUUCUGGAAUUCUUUCUCAGAAACCAAGAAACGGUGACGUAGACAGUCAACAGAUAAUUGCAUAUGCCAGCCGAGCGCUGACUGAUACAGAAAAGAGAUACCCCCAGACGGAAAAGGAAGCGUUAGCGAUAGUAUGGGCAGUUGAACAUUUCCAUUUAUUUUUAUUUGGAAGUGAAUUUACACUAAUAACUGACCAUAAACCUUUAGAAAUUAUUUAUGGCCAACGUACAGCCAAAACAUCAGCGCGAGUUGAAAGAUGGGUGCUUCGCCUCCAACCAUAUACAUUUAAGAUAAUUUAUAAAUCAGGUGCCAGCAACCCUGCGGACUAUCUUUCUCGUCAUCCAACAAACGAAAGCAAACGAAAACAGGAGAAGAUGACGGAACAAUAUAUUAAUUUUAUAACUCAGAACAGUGUCCCUAAGGCGAUGACAUUACAAGAAAUAAUCAAUGCAACUAACGCAGACGCGGCACUAACAGCACUCCAUGAUGCAAUUAAAACAAACAAAUGGGAUUCCCCAAUUGUAAAACCGUUCAAAGCCGUAAAAAACGAACUUACGUCUACCACACACGGUGUUAUACUUCGAGGAACACGGAUUGUCAUUCCUGCGGCUCUACAACAACGUGCAAUAGAUAUAGCACAUGAGACACACUUAGGAAUAGAGAAAACGAAGUCUCUAAUUCGUGAAAAAAUCUGGUUUCCGCAAAUUGACAACCAAGUCAAAAACACAAUUGCUAAGUGCACCACUUGUCAAGCUGUCGGACAGGCGAAUCCUCCAGAACCAUUACGUAUGACCGAAAUGCCAGAGUUACCAUGGAGAACUGUCCACAUAGAUUUUUAUGGUCCACUACCAUCGUCUGAAUAUCUGUUAGUGGCGGUAGAUAGAUACUCCAGAUUCCCAGAGGUUGAGAUAGUUCAUUCAACACGAGCCUCAACAGUCAUUCCAAAACUUGACAAAAUGUUCUCAGUCCAUGGCAUUCCUGACACCCUUAUAUCUGACAAUGGUCCCCCUUUUAAUGGAGACGACUAUGCACGAUAUCUGAAAGCCCUUGGUAUUCAAGCUAAGUUUUCAACACCCUACUGGCCCCAAGGUAAUGCUACAGUUGAACGAUUUAUGCGACCGUUAGGAAAAGCGCUUAAGACAGCGACACUCGAAGGACGACCAUGGAAACAAGAAUUGAACCGUUUUCUUUUACAAUAUCGUACCACUCCACAUUGCACUACAGGAGUACCUCCAUCAGAACUGUUGUUUAACCGAGUGAUAAAAGGAAAAUUACCAGUUAUAAACAGCAAGAAGAUUGUCAAUCGACAUAAAGAAGCUCGAGACAAUGAGAAAACACGACAAGAACGCAACCGAGAAUAUGCAAAUCAAAGGAGAAACACAAGAAAAAGUGAUCUACAAGUUGGAGAUUAUGUACUGGUUAGACAAGAAAAGAAAAACAAGCUAACUGCGAAUUUUAAUCACAAACCGUAUAAAGUGAUAAAGAAAACUGGUUCAGAGAUCCUUGCCCAAAGUAAAGAUGGUCAUAUUGUGAAACGGAACGUGUCACAUUUCAAGCGAAUAAAUAAACCACGAGAAGAAGACACUGAUGAUGAAGGUUUCGAUUAUGAAGAAAACUCGCAGGACAAUCAGCCAUCCAUCAGUAAUGAAAACAACGAAGUACCAAGAAGAUCAAGCCGAAUUCGAAGACCACCGAAUCGAUACGGACAUGAAUAUCCAUCAAAUCUAAUAAACUAA